AUGACUGCACUACAGAGCGCGGCCCAGUCACACGCCCCUGGCAAAACAGUGAUCAUCGUUGGCCUCGGAAUCGCCGGACUGACAGCCGCCAUUGAAUGUCAUCGGAAGGGUCUGAGGGUGAUCGGACUCGAGAAGAAGCCCGAUAUCAAUCUACUCGGCGACAUCAUCGGUCUAAGCGGCAACAGCGUCCGGAUUCUGGCGGCAUGGAAAGACAGCGACACCCUGGAUGGGCUGAUCACCGAGGACAUUACCUGCGAUGUGUCCGCGCUCGAGCUUCUCGAUACCGAGGGCACCCGGCGAUUCGCUAUGCCCUACAACCCGCAGAACCCAAUCCAGGGUCAUCUCUUCCGGCGCACUGGGCUGGUGAACAUGCUAUACCAGCAUGCACGGCAGCUCGGCAUCGACCUUCGGUUCGGCGUCCCUGUGGACGGCUACUGGGAAAAUAAGACUGAGGCCGGGGUCUACGCUAACGACGAGAAGAUCAGCGGCCACUGCGUUGUCGCCGCCGACGGAACUCACAGCAAAGCUCGCGUCAUUAUCACCGGGGAAAACCCACCCCCGGAUGACACCGGGGUGAUCGCGUACCGAACGAUUUUCGAUGCCCACGAGAUUGCGGAUGUGCCCGAAGCGCAGUGGCUCCUGAAGCAAUCCCCUGGGCGAGAUGUUUUCCACAUGUAUUACGGCAAGGACACGAUGGUGGCCAUGGGCACGGCCUCCAGGGGUCGCUACAUACACUGGGGGUGUGCGUUGAGGGGGACGUUGACCGAGACCACGGAAGCCUGGAUGCAGCCUGCGUCUCCCGAUGUCGUUUUAAAAAGCCUGCAGGACUGGCCGGCCGGGAAAAAGCUUUCGGCCAUUGUCGCAAGCACGCCUCCGGGAAGAUGUUUCAAUCAAUCACUCAUCAACCGGCCACCGUUGAGCCGAUGGGUCUCAAGCGGCGGCAGGAUGGUUGUCAUCGGGGACGCAGCGCACUCCUUCCUCCCUUACGCUGGUCAAGGCGGUAAUCAGGGCAUUGAGGACGCCGCGGUGCUGGCCAUCUGUCUGGAGCGCUCGGGCGGAGACGUGCCGUUAGCUCUGCGAGCCAUGGAGAAAAUCAGGCACCAGCGCGUCUCGCUCAUUCAGAAAGGGUCCGCCGAGGCCGGGGACUCAUUCCUCAACGCCGCCUGGGAGAGCAGCGCAACCGACCGGCCCACGGCGUACUUGCACCAAGCCUGGGUGUACACGCAUGACUGCGUGAAACAUGCGCACGAGGAGUACGACAAGGCGGCCGACGCGGUGAAGAAUGGCCGAGAGUACAUACCGACCAACAUCCCUGCGAACGGGAGAUUCCGCCAGGAGGACAAUCAGGAUGACAUAGUCUAG